AUGAGUGGUCAAUUGGGAACUCAAAGAUUCUUUUGGCUCCUUGGCUUUGCACGCUUGGCAAAGGAAUGUUCCAACUAUGUACCAGUCUCUUCUUUGCAAGUAAGAUUGACUGAUCUCUCGUUCUUUCUUAAUCCUCGCGAUUUAGCUCGCUCUAACAAGUUGAUGCGGUUGAACCUCAAGGUUCAAAUCGCAUUUAAUGCGGUUGUCCCCCCUCUCCCCUCCCUCCUCCUUCAUGAUGUGUGA